UACAGAGAAGUAGCGUUGUUCCAUCCGAUCUUGUGACUCAUAAACCCUAAAAAACUAAACCUUCCUGAAUCCCAACUUCCUUUGCAGUAUUACUAGAACUCGAACUCUUUUAACUUUCCCGCGGUCGGUUGAUGUUGCAGGUACCGAAAUUCUCUCCAGAAUCCAUCAAUAAGAGUCAAAAGUGGUGGAGAAGAGAACGAAAGAAGGGAAUUACUCUUCUGGAAUUCCUGUUCGCUGCUUCUGAAUAGCUCUAGAGCUCGUAAAUGCAGACGACAAUGGAAGGCGGAGGCCAAGAAGAGAUGACUAACAACGUGAUGUGCCUCUUAACUGAUCCUGAAGGCACACCUCUCGGAGCUCCCAUGUAUCUCCCGCAGAAUGCCGGGCCACUUCAACUCCAGCAGAUCGUCAAUAAGCUCCUCAAUAACGAGGAAAAAUUGCCCUAUGCUUUUUACAUAUCAGACCAGAAGCUUGUUGUGCAACUUGGAUCUUAUCUGGAGAAAAAUAAAGUUUCUGUGGAGAAGGUAUUACGCAUAGUUUACCAGCCGCAAGCAGUUUUCCGAAUUCGUCCUGUUAAUCGGUGUUCUGCGACUGUCGCUGGUCAUACAGAAUCUGUACUCUCUGUUGCCUUUAGUCCUGAUGGGCGACAAUUGGCCAGUGGUUCGGGUGACACCACUGUCCGCUUAUGGGACCUUAAUACUCAGACUCCAUUAUACACAUGCACAGGGCAUAAAAAUUGGGUUCUGUGUAUUGCUUGGUCACCUGAUUGUAAGCAUCUUGUAAGUGGGAGCAAGGCUGGAGAACUUCAAUGCUGGGACCCAUUGACCGGGAAGCCAUCAGGCAAUCAACUCAUUGUAAAGUCCGCAUAUUUGAUAAGUUAUCUUUAAUGUAGUGUUCUUUGCUAGAAUGGUAAUUUUCUUUUGAAUGCAACAAUUAUUCAUGUGUUUUUGGACAACUUUAUUGAUGUUGACAUAUUUAAUGUUAAAGGCCUGCUUGGCUUAUCCUUAUAUCCUUUUUAUGCCAGCAUAC